AUGCCCAUCCGCGCGCACUGCACCAUCUGCUCCGACUUCUUCGACAACCAGCGCGACGUGGCGGCCGUGCCGUGCGGGCACACUUUCCACCACGCCUGCCUCAUCCAGUGGUUUGACACGGCACCGAGCCGGACCUGCCCGCAGUGCAGAAUCCAGGUUGGCAAAAGACACAUCAUCAAUAAGCUGUUCUUUGAUGUUGCCCUGGAGGAGCAGGCGGCGCCGGAUGCAGAGACCUUGCAGAAUGAACUGGACAAAGUGAAGGCUCAGCUCUCUGUCAAAGAGAAAGAGAAGCGGGAGUGCCAAGCUGUUGUGGAUGGGCUGAGGGACACUCUGGAUGUGCGCAAUGCCACGAUAGAGUCGCUCCAGAAGGUGCUGGGAGAGACAGAGAUGCUGUGCUCCUCUCUCAAGAAGCAGAUGAAAUUCCUGGAGCAGCAGCAGGAAGAAAACAGAAGUUCAAAGGAGGAGGCCCGUCGCCUGCGAAACAAGCUGCGAGCCAUGGAGCGGAUUGAGCUGUUGCUUCAGAGCCAACGCCCCGAGGCAGAGAAGAUGAUCAGAGAGAUGGGAGUGGGGCAGGCAGCCGUGGAGCAGCUGGCCAUCUACUGCGUCUCACUGAAAAAGGAGUAUGAAAACCUGAAGGAUGCUCGGAAGAUCUCUAAUGAAACGACAGAGAAGCUGAAGAAGGAGCUGUUUUCUGCCAAUAGCAAGCUGCAGAAGACGGUUUCAGAGUUGGAGAAGACAAAAGAGGAGUUAAAAAGCACCCAGAAGGAUCUGAAGAGUGCAGACAAGGAGAUCUUGAGUUUGAAGAAGAAGAUUGACAUCUUGCAGGAUACUCUGAAGGUCCCACCUGUAACCAGGGAGACGCUCAGUCGACUAGUCUUUGAAAGCCCUGCUCCCGUGGACCUGCGGCCCCCGAAGCUGCACCGCCCGCCCCACAGCCCCGAGAUCGAUCUCGAUGCCACCUCUGACGUGGACACCCCUGAACACGAGCCCUGCCCGUCUCUCCUCAGCCCUGCAAAAAGGCAGAAGCUGGAUAAAAAGCCGCCUCCCGUGGUAAAUCUGGCAAAGAAAGUUCUGAAGGAAACAGUGGAGAACUGGGCAGAUGAUUUGGAGGAUGAUGCUCUUAAAGGACUCUUGCCAACGUUUGUCAGGAACUCUCUUCUCUCCAAGAAGCCCUCUUCAGGGAGCUUGCUGGGGCCCCAGAAGCACACAGGCACUGUGAGGAUGGGGUACGAUGGCUUGGGAGGCAGAACAAAGUUCAUACAGCCUACAAACCUGGCAGAAAUCCGUCCGUUAGCCGUGAGGAGCAAGAAGAAGAAUGUCUCCAGGCCAGUGUCUGCAGCUCCCUCCACAUCUUCCUCCAGCAGCAGCCAAGCCAGACUGGACAGUUUCCUGCAGUGA